AUGAAAUUUUUAUUCGCCCUUCCCGCUUUUCUCCAGGCUUGUACCAAUUGCAAAGAAGUUGGCACUAGAAAUCUUCCGCAGCCAAUUUCGCAAGAGCAAAGAGCUGAAUUGGUGAGAAAUGGAUGGGAAUUGGCUGUUGAUGGUCGAGAUUCAGCAUUCAAAAAACACGAAUUCGCGGAUUUCAACGAAGCUUUUGGCUGCAUGACCCGCGCUGCAUUGAAAGCCGAAGCUAUUGUCCACCACCCAGAAUGGUUCAACGUCUGGAACAAGCUCGAAGUCAUUCUAACCACUCACGACAUUGGAGGACUAUCGGACUUGGACUACGAAAUGGCGCUUUUCAUUGAUUCCUGCUGA